AUGAAAAGAGAUACAAUGAAUACCUAUAACCAGGUCAAUCCUAUAACUUUGAAAAGGCGUCCUGAAAAAAAUAGCAAGGAGAGUACUGUAGUGGAUUCAACACCGUUAAUCUCUGAUAACGAUUCUGAAAACUCUGGUACGUCUCUUCCUGAACUGAGGGCAAAGUUAAAGAGAGAACGGGCACAGGCAUUGCAAAAUGGCAUCGCAAAUGAGAAAACCAACACAGAAAAUGGGAAGGAAGAUACAUACACACCAGAUUUUGAUAGGCUCUUAAAUCCUCUAGGUGGGAUGAUCAAACAGCCAUUACCUGCCUCCUUUUACCGUUUCGUAGAUAAAGAAUUUAAGGCUGCAAAAGUCCAACGAUUAACAACCAAGCGCAUAAAGGGAUUAUAUCGCGAUAUCAGAUUAUUACUUAAAGAGGCCAUCUCAAAGAGUUUGGUAUUUAAAAAUGACUGGGAUCAGCAACUAUUAACGUCCGUUUUUCGUGAACAGCCACUCUUAUCACCAGUCGAAGAGAAACUUGACUGUCUUCUAACUCAGGAGCAGAAAAAAGUAAUACUUGACACCAUACCUUACGAGAAAUAUGGUAUCGAACCACCAAACGUGACAAGGUCCACUCCUUUGAGCAAUGAUACUAACCUAUAUGAAAUAAAUGAUCCAACGUCGAUCGUUACUGUGGAAGCACCCUCAGCUGUUCCACCUCCACCUCCACCAAUUAGCGCAAGACCCCCUCCGCCCUGGGCUCAGAAUGUACUGCAGCCCAAUAGGACAACAACAUUGAAGGUUCCUUUACCUCCAGUCUCUUCAGUGCCACCUCCAGCAAUUGUUCCAUCGUUUACGAAAACCGUAACGACAAGCGAACCCACCGGGUAUAAUGAUAGCCGUAAUAACAAUAGCAUGAGUAAAAUGCAAGCUCGUAUGGAUGAAAAUACAAGAAGGAUGGAAAGGCUGAAGAGGUUUGCGAAUCCAGAUAAGUCCACAAAUACUAGAAUUAAGCGUGUAAAGAUUGAUGAUGACGAUAGUUACUCUGAUCUUAACGCCAUUACUAAUAAAGCAUAUAAAUUUGAUAAGGAUAAACCAAUUGUCGGAGUGUGCCACGUGUUGGAGAAGAGAUAUUUAAGACUCACAUCAGAACCAGACCCAGAAAAAGUGCGGCCUCUUGAAGUUCUAAGAAAAGCUCUUGAUUGGAUUGUGGGGAAGUUUCGUAGUGGUUCUUGUUCAUAUCAGUACUUCUGUGAUCAAAUGAAAUCUAUUAGGCAAGAUUUGAAGGUCCAAAUGAUUGAAAAUGAUUUCACAGUAACCGUAUACAAGACACACGCUCGAGCAGCACUAGAAAAUGGCGACAUAGGAGAAUAUAACCAGUGCCAGAGUAGUUUGAAACCAUUGUUUGAUAAAGAUAACAUCGACAAGAGCGAUUUGCCAGAAUUUAUCAGUUAUAGAAUAUAUUAUCACAUGAUGACAUCAGACCAUUCAAGCGUUAAUCAACUACGUCUUCAACUUCUAACUAACUUAAAACAUAUAUCUGGUCAUGAAAUGAUCAAAAGGGCCCUUAGAAUGGUGGAUGCUCAAAUACAAAAUAACUACCAUCUAUUUAUGAGAAUAUAUCAGCAAACUAAGGGUCCCGAACGUCAUUUGGUGGAUCAAUUCAUUAAGAAAGAAAGGGUGAGUGCAUUAAAUUAUAUGUGUAAGGCCUAUGCUCGAGUUCCACUUCAGUUUUUGGCCCCGGAGCUUCAUUUCAAUAAUGCAAAUGAGGCGUUUACGUUCUUGACUGAGCUCGAAUUAAUUCAAUUCAUGGUAGUGCCCCAAAAUAACCCCGAUGAUAUGUACAUUGAUUGCAAAAGUUGUAGACCCACCAUUAUGAAGCACUUCAGCGAUGCAAGAAGAGUAGAUAUAAAGGGUCAAAUAUGA